CCAGCGAGGAUGGAGCUGCUGGUAUCGUCCAACUCGUCGACAGCAGCUGCUGUCACAUUCAUCACCUUCGUACAAGACCUCAAGAAGAAGACGAAACAAUGGGGACCUAUGAUCGAGCUGUGCGCCAGCGGCGAGAAGACACUGGAACGAUUCCGCUUCCAGUUCCCGGAUGACUGGCUGUACAGCGACCAACUACAAGGAGAAUGGAGCGCAUUCAACGAGAUACUGAAGCGGAAGAACGACUCCAUCCAGGAGCAACUUGCCGGCCUCCAAUUGAAGAUUGUUGCGGAGGACAAGAUCGUCGAGAACAAGAUUAACGACAUCAUUCAGGAGUGGGAGCAGACGCGGCCGGUGCAGGGCAGCAUGCGUGCCGAUACUGCGCUAAACACCAUCAACGUGUUCGAGGGCAAGCUCAACCGGAUACAGGAGGAGUACGACCUCGUUUGCAAAGCCAAGGAAGCACUCGACCUUGAGCUCAUCCGUCACACGCGUCUCGACCCAAUCUUCGAGGAGUUGCGCGAUUUGAAGGCAGUCUGGACCGCGCUGUCCGGAAUAUGGAACCAGAUUGGCGAGUUGAAGGAGAUGGCGUGGGCGACUGUGCAGCCGAGGAAGCUGCGCCAGCAUAUUGACGGGCUCUUGUCGUCGACGAAGGAUAUGCCGACGAGGAUGAGGCAGUACGCCGCAUUCGAAUACGUGCAGGACGUCCUGCGAGGACUUCUGAAAGCGAACACGCUCAUUUCCGAGCUCAAGUCGGAGGCCUUGAAGGAUAGACAUUGGAAGCAACUCUUCAAGGUGCUGCGCGUACCAACACAAGUCAGCCUACCUCUGCUGACCCUGGGACAUGUCUACGACAUGGACCUGCGGAGGAACGAGAACGUCAUCAAGGAGGUCAUCAUCCAGGCGCAGGGUGAGAUGGCCUUAGAAGAGUACAUUCGUCAGGUCAAGGAGGUCUGGACGAACUACACCCUCGACCUCGUCAACUACCAGAACAAGUGCCGUCUCAUUCGUGGCUGGGACGAUCUCUUCAACAAGUGCAGCGAGAAUAUGAACUCGCUAACCGCCAUGAAGUUGUCGCCUUACUACAAGGUCUUCGAAGAGGAGGCUGGCUCUUGGGAGGAGAAGCUGAACCGGAUUCACGUCCUCUUCGACGUCUGGAUCGACGUGCAGCGCCAGUGGGUCUACCUAGAAGGUAUCUUCUCCGGUAGCGCAGACAUCAAACACCUCUUGCCCGUCGAGACUGCUCGUUUCCAGAACAUCAACACCGAGUUCUUGGCAGUCAUGAAAAAGGUGUACAAGUCGCCGUUCGUCCUCGAUGUGAUGAACAUUCCUGGUAUCCAGAAGAGUCUUGAGCGUCUCGCAGACCUGCUCAACAAGAUUCAGAAGGCCCUCGGAGAGUACCUAGAACGCGAGCGUGCAUCGUUCCCCCGGUUCUACUUCGUCGGUGACGAAGACCUCCUGGAGAUCAUCGGUAACAGCAAGGAGAUCCUCCGUAUCAUGAAGCACCUUAAGAAGAUGUUCGCCGGUAUCUCGACGAUCAUGCUGGAUGAGCAGCUAACGCAAAUCGAGGGUAUGGCCUCUCGAGAGGGCGAGGAAGUGCAAUUCAAGACGCCCAUCCUCCUCAAGGACUUCCCGAAGAUCAACGAUUGGCUUACCAAGUUGGAGUCGGAGAUGCGCGUGUCGUUGUCUCUUCUACUAUGCGACGCUGUCACGGAGCUGCAGUCCUUCUACGGCUCGACCUCUCCGCUACCCAAGGACCAGUUCAUGGCGUGGUUGGAGAAGUAUCCCGCGCAGCUCGUGACGCUUGCUAUUCAAGUCGCGUGGACCGCCUCCAUCGAGUCCGCGCUGGAGGCUCAGGGCAGCCUCGAGAGCCCUCUGGACACCGUACGGCAGGGUUUGGACCUCCUCGCCGACGUUGUGCUGACCGAGCUCCUCCCUGUGACGCGGCGCAAAUGCGAGCAUCUCAUCACUGAGCUCGUCCAUCAACGAGAUGUCAUCCGAGACUUGAUUCAGAAGAAGGUCGUCGAUAAUCGUGCGUUCUCGUGGCUGUACCAGAUGCGGUUCUACCUCGACCAGGGCCUCGAGAACCCCCUAGACAGGCUCGCCAUCCGAGUCGCGGACGCGUCCUUCCCGUAUGGAUGGGAGUACCUCGGUGUACCCGACCGUCUCGUCCAGACGCCGUUGACGGAUAGGUGUUACCUCACGUUGAUGCAGGCUCUGGACAACCAGUUGGGUGGAUCUCCGUUCGGACCCGCUGGAACCGGCAAGACCGAGUCCGUCAAGGCGUUGGGCGUGCAGCUCGGCCGUUUCGUCCUUGUCUUCUGUUGCGACGAGACGUUCGACUUCCAGGCGAUGGGACGUAUUUUCGUCGGUCUUUGUCAAGUCGGCGCGUGGGGAUGCUUCGACGAGUUCAAUCGUCUCGAGGAGCGUAUCCUCAGUGCCGUUUCGCAGCAAGUACAGAGCAUCCAGCAGGGUCUCGCAACUCUUGUCAAGAACCCUAACACCGAGAUCGAGCUGGUUGGGAAGAACGUCAAGCUCAACAGUAACAUGGGUAUCUUCAUCACCACCAACCCUAACUAUGCCGGACGAUCUCAGCUUCCUCCUAACCUCACAAAGCUGUUCAGACCAAUGGCGAUGACCCGCCCCGAUCGUGAACUCAUUGCCCAAGUCAUGUUGUUCUCCCAAGGUUUCCGCACAGCCGAAUCCCUGGCCUCGAAGAUCGUACCAUUCUUCAAUCUCUGUGACGAGCAGCUGUCCCCUCAGCCUCACUAUGACUUUGGUCUUCGGGCGCUGAAAGCGGUGCUAGCAAGUGCCGGUAUUCUCAAGCGUGAGCGGAUGCAGAAUGCGGGCGAGGGCGAGGACGCCAUAGGGCUGUCCGAUGCUGUCUCUGAACAAGUCAUCUUGAUCCAGAGUGUCACCGAAACCAUCGUGCCGAAGCUGGUCGCCGAAGAUGUACCACUCUUGACGAGCCUUCUCGCAGACGUAUUCCCGGGUACAGAGUACGUCCCCGUCAAUCUUGACGCGCUCCGAGAGCAGAUAAGCAAAGUCUGCGCCGAGCGGCGCUUGGUGGAAGGCGAGAGGUGGAUCAACAAGAUUCUCCAGCUUUACCAGAUCCAGAAGAUUCAGCACGGUUUGAUGAUGGUCGGGUCGUCUGGUAGCGGCAAGACGAACGCCUGGCAGGUGCUGUUGGCCGCUCUCGAAAGGCUCGACGGAGUCGAAGGUGUCGCAUACGUGAUCGACCCCAAGGCCAUGCACAAGGACGCCUUGUACGGUACCCUCGAUCCUACCACUCGCGAAUGGAACGAUGGCCUCUUCACCCACACGCUGCGUAAGAUCGUGGAUGAUGUGCGUGGCGAGAGUGGCAAGCGGCACUGGAUUAUCUUUGAUGGUGACGUCGAUCCGGAAUGGGUUGAGAACUUGAACAGUGUCCUCGACGACAACAAACUACUCACGCUGCCGAAUGGAGAGCGUCUAAACUUGCCAUCGAACGUGCGCAUCAUGUUCGAGGUCGAGCACCUUCGUUACGCGACACUCGCGACGGUCAGUCGCUGCGGUAUGAUCUGGUUCAGCGAGGACAUCGUCGAGCCGAGCAUGGUGUUCAGGCACUACUUGGAGACCCUUUCGACCAUCGCUGUGGAUGCAGAGGACGAGGAAGUCGAGAUACCGGGUCGUCGUGUAGAUGCGCUUGCCGCAGAAGCGACGACAUCUCCUCAUCUUGCCACUCAGAAGCAGGUCGCAGGCGUUCUGGAGAAUUACUUCGCAGAAGAUGGGCUGGUUCUCAGUGCUCUCAGCUUCGCGGAGUCCCUCGAGCACAUCAUGGACUUCACCAACACUCGUGCGCUGAACACCCUGUUCUCACUGAUCAACAAGACCGUUCGCAACAUCAUUGAGUACAACAUCCAGCACUCUGACUUCCCUCUGGCGCCCGAGCGUGUCGAGCAAUACGUUGAGAAACGACUCUUGGUCAGCAUCAUUUGGGCGUUUUCUGGCGAUGCACGCCUGGAGUUGCGUUCCGAGUUGGGCGAGUUCCUGCGCAAGCAGACCGGGGUGGAUCUGCCGCCGUUGGGUCCUGGAAGCACCCUCCUCGACUAUGAUGUGCAAGUAGCGAACGGCGACUGGUUCCCAUGGGCUUCUCGAGUACCAGUCAUCGAUAUCGAGUCUCACGCGGUCACAGCGUCGGAUGUCGUCGUCCCGACGAUCGACACUGUCCGGCAUGAAGAAGUCCUCUACUCGUGGCUCUCGGAGCACAAGCCCCUCAUGUUGUGCGGUCCUCCUGGAUCCGGAAAGACCAUGACACUCUUCAGUGCACUGCGGAAGCUCCCCGACAUGGAAGUCGUCGGCCUGAACUUCUCGAGUGCUACUACGCCGGAGCUCAUUCUGAAGACAUUCGAGCAGUACUGCGAGUACCGAAAGACACCCAAUGGUGUCAUCCUGGCGCCUGCCCAGAUUGGCCGAUGGCUUGUAGUUUUCUGUGACGAAAUCAAUCUGCCCGCAACCGACAAGUACGGUACGCAGCGGGUCAUCUCGUUCAUCCGCCAGCUCGUGGAAGCGAAUGGUUAUUGGAGGACCACUGACAUGGCAUGGGUCAAGCUCGAGCGUAUCCAGUUCGUUGGCGCUUGCAAUCCUCCUACGGAUCCUGGUCGUGUCCCGCUCAGCCAUCGAUUCCUUCGUCAUGCUCCGUUGGUCAUGGUAGAUUACCCGGGUGAACUGUCCUUGAAGCAGAUCUACGGCACCUACAACCGCGCCGCGCUCAAGGUCCUUCCCAACCUCCGGACGUACGCCGAGCCACUCACGGAUGCUAUGGUAGCGCUCUACCUAGCAUCGCAGAAACGAUUCACCACCGAUAUCCAGGCUCACUAUGUCUACAGUCCGCGUGAAUUGACCCGUUGGGUGCGUGGUUUAUACGAGGCCAUCAAACCAUUGGAGACCUUGACCGUGGAAGGCCUCGUACGAGUAUGGGCUCACGAAGCUCUUCGCCUAUUCUCUGACCGUCUUGUCACUGAAGAGGAGAAGCAGUGGACAGACGAGAGUAUCGACAACGUCGCGAUGGAAAACUUCCCCACUAUCAACCGCGACGAGGCGUUGGCGCGUCCUAUCCUGUUUUCCAACUGGACAUCCAAGAACUAUGUCUCCGUCGAUCGUGAAGUCUUGCGCGAAUACACCAAAGCACGGCUUCGCGUGUUCUACGAAGAAGAGCUCGAUGUGCCCCUAGUGCUGUUCAACGACGUCGUCGACCAUGUGCUGCGUAUCGAUCGAGUGUUCCGUCAGAUCCAAGGUCACUUGCUCCUGAUUGGAGUUAGUGGUAGUGGCAAGACGACGUUGUCGCGAUUCGUCGCCUGGAUGAAUGGGUUGAACAUCUUCCAAAUCAAAGUCUCGAACAAGUACACCGGCGAUGAUUUCGAUGAGGACCUUAGAACGGUAUUGCGCCGUGCCGGAUGCAAAGGCGAGAAGAUAUGCUUCAUCAUGGACGAGUCGAAUGUCCUCGACUCUGGCUUCCUGGAGAGAAUGAACACUCUUCUAGCCAACGCUGAGGUCCCCGGUCUGUUUGAGGGUGACGAGCACGCUGCUCUCAUGACCGCUUGCAAGGAAGGUUCACAGCGCGAUGGUUUGAUGCUGGACUCGCACGAAGAACUGUAUCGUUGGUUCACGCAGCAAGUAGCCAAGAAUUUGCAUGUCGUCUUCACCAUGAAUCCUCCCGAGAACGGACUUGCCUCGCGAGCUGCCACCUCCCCGGCUUUGUUCAAUCGUUGCGUCCUGGAUUGGUUCGGAGACUGGUCUGACCAAGCAUUCUACCAAGUUGGCAUGGAGUUCACGAAUACGCUGGAUCUUGAUGUGCCCUCGUACAGUCCACCGGCCCUAUUCCCCAUCGCAUACCGAGAACUAUCAAUGCCUCCGAUCCACCGUGCCGCGGUAGUCAAUGCUCUGGUGUAUGUUCAUCAAUCGCUGCAUCAAAUCAACUUGCGCCUCAGUCGCCGGCAAGGGCGGUAUAACUACGUCACGCCGCGUCACUACCUCGACUUUAUCAACCACUACGUCCGGCUGCACAACGAAAAACGUGAGGAGUUGGAAGAACAACAACGCCAUCUCCAUGUGGGUCUGGACAAGCUGCGUGAGACCGUCACGCAGGUUGAGGAGCUGCGCAAGAGCCUUGCCAUCAAACGCACCCAGCUCGAGGCGAAGAAUGAGGAGGCCGAUAGGAAGUUGAAGCGUAUGGUUGCGGACCAACAAGAAGCCGAGCAGAAGAAGGCGGCAUCGAUAGAGAUUCAGGCUGAGCUGGCCGUACAAGACAAGCACAUCGAACAACGUCGCGCUGUCGUUAUGGCCGACCUAGCAGAUGCUGAGCCAGCCGUCCUGGAUGCCCAAGCAGCCGUGAGCAACAUCAAGAGGCAGCACUUGCAGGAAGUUCGUACCAUGGCCAAUCCUCCAGAGGCUGUCAAGCUGGCCAUGGAGUCCGUAUGUACUAUCCUUGGGCACAAGAUCGACAGCUGGCGUACGGUGCAGGGUAUCAUUCGUCGUGAUGACUUCAUUCAGCGAAUCGUCAACUUCGACACAACGACCCAGAUGACGAAACAUCUACGUGACGCCAUGAAGAGGGAUUUCGUUAGCCGGCCCUCUUUCAACUUCGAGACCGUGAAUCGUGCCAGUAAAGCUUGCGGACCUCUCGUCAAGUGGGCUAUCGCUCAAGUCCGCUUCUCCGAGAUCCUGGAUAAGGUGGAGCCUCUACGCAACGAAGUGCAGUCUCUGGAGGAUCAGGCGGGACGCACGAAGGAGCAGGCGAGGAUGAUGGUGACAAUGGUAGCCGAGCUCGAGGCCAGCAUUGAGCGAUACAAGCAGGAGUACGCAGCCCUGAUUCGAGAGACUGAAGCUAUCAAGGGCGAGAUGGAGCGCGUGGAGAGCAAGGUGAAUCGCAGCAUGACGCUCCUGGACAGUCUAUCGUCCGAGAAGACUCGAUGGGAAUCUGGCAGUCGUACCUUCGACGCGGAGAUGAGUACCAUCGUGGGCGACGUGUUGCUUUCCGCCGCAUUCCUGGCGUACGGUGGAUUCUUCGAUCAAUCGUACCGCGAGCAAAUGUGGCAGGAGUGGUCGUCGCAUCUCGCAGAGGCGAACGUCAAGUUCAAGACGGAGCUGUCCAUGCCAGACUAUUUGUCAACUGCGGACGACCGUCUCAGCUGGCAGUCCAAGGGAUUGCCUUCCGACAAUCUUUGCACCGAGAACGCCAUCAUGAUCAAACGUUUCAGUCGGUACCCGUUGAUCAUCGACCCGACCGGGCAAGCUACCAACUUCUUGCUGAAGGAGUACAAGGACCGCAAGAUUACCGUGACGAGUUUCUUGGACGAAGCCUUCCUGAAGGUCUUGGAGAGCGCCCUGCGAUUCGGCAAUACCCUCCUCAUUCAGGAUGUCGAACACCUUGACCCCAUUUUGAAUCCUGUGCUCAACAAAGAAAUUCGUCGUACCGGUGGCCGAGUCCUCAUCCGUCUCGGAAGCCAGGACAUCGACUUCUCGCCUUCGUUCACAAUGUUCCUGGCUACACGCGAUCCCUCCGUCGAGUUCUCCCCCGAUAUUUGCAGUCGUGUUACCUUCGUCAACUUCACGAUGACUAGGAGCAGUCUGCAGAGUCAAUCCCUCGACCAGGUUCUCAAAGUCGAGCGAUCAGACACGGAGAAGAAGCGGACUGACUUGAUGAAGAUGCAGGGCGAGUUCCGCCUGCGGCUACGGACGCUGGAGAAGCUGCUAUUGCAAGCGCUGAACGAGUCGAGUGGAAACAUCCUGGACGACGACAAGGUCAUCAACACUCUGGAGACUCUGAAGCGCGAAGCAGCAGAGAUCACGAGUAAAGUGGAGGAGACAGACUUGGUCAUGCGGGAAGUCGAGCAGGUCACCGCUGAAUAUCUGCCUCUGGCACAAGCGUGCAGCGCUGUGUUCUUCAUUCUCGAGCAGCUCAAUCUCGUCAACCACUUCUACCAAUUCUCCUUGCGCUUCUUCCUCGACAUAUUCGACUACGUCCUCCAUCAGAAUCCGAACCUGAAGGGCGUAUCCGACUAUCAUCGCCGCAGAGAGAUCCUGCUUAACGACCUGUUCCUCAUGGCAUACAAGCGGACGUCUCGCGCACUCCUUCACCGGGACCAUGUCAUGCUUGCUGUUCUCCUAGCACAGGUGAAACUUCGAGGCAUUGAGGAGAUCGCCGACGAGCUCGAGUUCCUCCUGGAGAGCGGUGACAGUGCCGUGACUGUGGGCGGCGGUAACGCUGAUAUCCAGAGCCUCGCCUUCCUGUCUGUCGACCAGAAACAACGCCUGGAGAGUUAUGGGAGACAGCCGAUAUUCAAGCCUGUUCUAGAACACCUCUUGCAGCAUCAAAGCGAGUGGGCUGCAUUCCUGGAGUCGAGUGCCCCUGAACAGUCAGUUCCCUCUCCAUGGGAUCCCAGCACGCCCGCUCUGGAGGGUGUCCGCCGGAUGCUCGUCAUCAAGUGUCUCCGGCCAGACCGAUUGUUACAAGCCACGGCCGCCUUCGUGCGCACUGUCUUCCAGGCAGAUUUGAACGCCGAGUCCGCGUACAACCUCGGGACGUUGGUCACUGAUGAGAUCCUCCCCGCAACACCCUUGUCGCUGGUAUCUGUCACUGGGUAUGAUGCCAGUUAUCGAGUAGAGAACCUGGUUCGCGACAUGAGUGCCCGUUGCGCCUCAGUUGCGAUGGGUUCGCAGGAAGGCUUCACCCUCGCGGAUCAAACUAUCGCUUUGGCAGCACGCCAGGGUACAUGGGUUUUGCUGAAGAACGUCCACCUGGCCCCGUCAUGGCUUGGACAACUCGAGAAGAAACUACAAACCCUCAAUCCCCACCGCAACUUCCGUCUUUUCCUCACCAUGGAAGCUAACCCAAGCAUUCCUGUGAACAUCCUACGUCAAUCGAGAAUCCUCAUGAACGAGCCGCCACCGGGUAUCAAGGCCAACCUCACCGAUUCGCUCCGCGGUAUCUCGAACUCGCGUCUGUCGCAAGGGCCCGCUGAGAAGGCCCGAUUGUACUUCCUGUUGGCCUGGCUCCACGCUGUUGUUCAGGAGCGUCUGCGCUAUGUUCCGCUGGGCUGGAGUAAGUUGUACGACUUCAACGACUCCGAUAUGGCUUCCGCAUUCACCACGAUCGACACCUGGAUCAACUCCGUGGCCAAGGGCCGUGCGAACAUCGACCCCGCAGUGAUUCCAUGGGAUGCCCUCCGAACGCUCGUCAAGCAGUGCGUAUACGGUGGACGCGUCGACAGUGACUUCGACCAAAAGAUCAUCGAUGCCUUCGUUGACGGAUUGUUCACCCCGGCGGCGUACAACGUUGACUUCGACCUCGUACCCAGUGCCACUGGUUCUAGAGUGCUCGGCGUGCCAGACGGAACGAAGCUCGACCACUUCCUGACAUGGGUGCAUGGUCUACCAGAGCGGGAACCGCCAGCUUGGCUCAGCCUCCCUCCUACAGCGGAGCGUGUCAUUGCUGUCGCACAAGGAAACGAGCUUCUCGGCAAACUCAGGAAGAUGCGUAUGCUCGCUGACGACGACGACGCAGCAGCGGCUAGCGCGGGUCCAUCGAAGGCGCAGGCAUCGCAGCAACCUGCGUGGAUGAGGCAAUUACAUGAGCGUUGCAAGGAGUGGCUUGAGCUGCUCCCAUCGACGUUCCACACACUCGAGAAGCAGAGUAGCGACAACCAGGAUCCGCUGUAUCGUCUGUUCUACCGCGAAGGUACCAUCGGCAGCAAGCUCCUCUCGCAAGUCCGCAGAGACCUCGCAGACGUCGUCAAGGUCUGUGAGGGCGCCCUCAAGCAAACCAACCACCUGCGAACCCUCAUGAGCUCGCUCACGAAGGGCACGAUCCCCGACCACUGGCGGCGGUACAAGGUGCACAAGGCGCUCGCCGUGUCGGGCUGGAUCUCGGACCUUGCGCGGCGGCUCGCGCAGCUCGACCAGAUCGCGGGCCUGGACAACCUGAACAACGUCGAGGUGUGGCUCGGCGGGCUGUUCUUCCCCGAGGCGUACAUCACCGCGACGCGCCAGGCGGUCGCGCACCGCAAGAAGUGGUCCCUCGAGACGCUCAACCUGAAGCUCGACAUCGAUCGCGUCAAUGACCCGAGCGCCUUCAUUGUGGACGGCCUCGUCCUGGAGGGUGCGAAGUGGGACACGGACAAGCUCACGCUGAACAACGGGGAGACCGUCCGGCUGAACCCGUCACAGAUCCGGUGGGUCCAGGCGGAGGACGUGUCCACGGAGGGCACGGUCAACCUGCCUGUGUACCUGAACAGCGACAGGAGCCACGUCCUCUUCACCGUCGACCUGCCGUUCGACAGCACCGCGGGCGCGCUGGUUGCGACCCGCGCGGUGUGUCUCACUGCUGGGGGCUAGAUGCGUGCGUAGACGGACAUAGAGGAUAGAGUGCAUUGGUUCGUUGGAUGGGUUGUUGGAUGAUACCCGCGUACGCCUACGAUAUGAUAUGAUGAUACCUUACGACGAUGUUAUUGCGUACUGAGUCGCUGCAGAUGUAGCUUGCUAUCUAAUGAUACUUACGAUUUCACGGA